UUUUCACAUUCACAGACCUUAUAAAAUACGCGUAAAUUGCUAACCGGUUGGCUUCCAAAUUAUAUUUCUACUGAAAAUUAAUCGGUUUUGUAUACUUUGUUAAUCCAACUGCUAACACGUUGCAUUGCUGUGCGUCCUUUUAACCAAUAAGGCAAAUUAAAAUGAGCCGACGCGUAGACAACAAGGGAAAGCCGGUGACUGCAAUGCUGCAAGUGCAGGCGGUGCAUCGCGAUAAAACCCAGGUGGUGGAGCUGAAGAAGACCACGUACUUGCCCUAUCUGUUCAACCUGGUCUUGCCGAAGAUGUUCUACCAGAGCACCAACCGCAUUGUAAUGGCCCGGCUCUAUCCCGAUGUCCAUGAGCACGACAAGCAGGCAGCCGAAUACUUCGAGGGCUUCCAGACGCCCUGCUUCGAGAUGCCCGCUUCCCUGUUCCCGGGUGAGGUACCGAUGGACAAGUUCGUCUUCAUGCCCACGGUCAUGUUGCCCAUGGGCUUCGAAGCCGGCGGGGUAUUUGGCCCUGGUGUUCUUCCACGGCGUUCCUAUCCCAUCGACCUGAUGGCCUCUGGUCACAAGGGUCCAACGCCGCCGCUGUUCGUCGGUCUGAGCAGCCUGUAUGUCAAGCUGAAUUCGGAGUCCGAGAGUUGUCUGGGCAACGGUGGCGAUCAGCCGGCCAGCAAUGUCGCACUGGUCUAUGCGACGCAUCCUUGCAAGCACACUCCAAAAGACUCCAAGGAACUGAUGCAUAGCAAUGAUUACUCCUUGUCGAUAGCAUACAACUUGCCGGUUCCACCGACUCCACCGUCGCCCUAUCCAUUGCGUCCUGCCCCGGUGCAGUACAACAUUUACACCCCGGAUCUGUCCAAUGUCCACAUGCUCAUGCUGCGGCAGCGCAACCUGACGGUGGCCUUACUGUCCACCGUAAACCAUCCGCAUGUUCCCGCCGUGGCAUUCGCCACCAUGGGCGAUGAGGAGUGCCCCAAGUUCGAGCUGCCCAGCGAUGUCUUCCCCAUCUGUGAGGGCGCCAAUCGCCCCAUCUUUCUGCCCAUGCGUUUCUUGCCCAAGGGAUUCGAUGCCGGCUGCAUCUUCAAGCCGGCCAGUCUUUCGGAGCUGUGGUUCGUCAACCACAUAGGUCGAUACGGCACUCCACAGCCGCAGCUCAACUGUGCCAUCACACCACCACUGUUCGUGGGCAAGUACCGCCGCGGCACGAAGGCCGUCAAAAUUCUGAAGGAAAUCCAGAUGGAGUGCGAAAGGAAAUUUUCCCAAAGUGCUCAGUCCAUGGAAGAGGCAUCGCUUCAAGCUGACGAGCCUAAGACGCCCACUACCCAGGGCUUCAUGGUAAUGGAAACGGAGCAGCAGACACCUCCAAAGGGUGCUUACUGCUUGGAGAGCUACCAGGAGGCCAGUGACACGGGAUGCGUUGUGAAGGUCACCAAGGAAGAGGCCACCGAAGCCGCUGACACUCAAGAAAAGAAUGAGUUACAUCCCAUUAAUGUGGAAACGGAACCGGAGGACAGAGGCGAAGCGGAGGACAGGAAGAAGUACCUCUCGUGCUUCAAAGUUGAUAGCGACAUUGAUCUGAUAACCGAGGCCAUGGCCGACAUGGGCACCGCCGAGAUGAGACUGUUGGCCAAGGAGGAGGCACUGCCCGGAGUCGAUUGUGCACGCGCCUUGGAUCAGCUGCGCCAGGUGCUCGAGGGUCGCGGCCAGAUCCGCAGCCAGGCCGACCAGCUGAUCCAGGAUCACAUCUACAGAAUGGAUCGCAAUCGCAUGCUGGCCCUCCGCCAGCCGAUUCGCAUGUGCUCCGGAUGCGGCAUGCUGCACUAGAUGCAUUUUCAAAAUGUUUACAUUUUCAUUUCAAUAUAUAUGUACAUUUUGUAAUGAUUUUUUAUUUUAUUCAGGGUUUUCGGUUUGUCACUUAGAAUGCACGUUUACAUUAUCUUUUUUUGGGUGUACUUGAGUACUAGGGGCUGUGUGUGUGUGUGUGUAUAUUGUGUGUAGUGUGUGUAUCGAGUGUGUAUUGUGUAAUGCUGUGCUGUGCCAUUUAAUCUCUUAAAUCGUGUUUUUGUGUUUUUAUGUUUUGCAGAAUAGAAUUUAGUUAGUCUAGGAGGCCAACCAAAACAUCUAGAUUUGUAUAACUAGUAAAAAAAAAAAAAGAUAAAAUGUGAUAUAUUAAUAUUUAAUUAUACAAGAUGCAGCUUCGUUUUCAGUGUAUUUACAUUUCGUAGCAGUUUUCCAUGUCUUUUUGUGAAACUCACAUGCAAUUCUUCUAUAACUCGUUGGAAAUUUAUACCAAUUACUAGGCAACCAGGUUUUUUUUUGUUUUUUUUUUUGAAGAUGAUAUUACUUCAACAUUCUUGAGUUUGCUUGAAAAACCUAUUACAUAUGUAUAUAUACUUCUAGAUAUUGAAAUAUUAGCUAGUCUUUGCAGUGGCUCAAUUUGAUCGUUCAAAAUAAACA